AUGCGUGUAUUCGUUACUGGGGCCACAGGCUUUAUUGGCCGGGCAGUUGUCAAAGAGCUACUCAACGCCGGCCAUCAGGUCCUUGGUCUUGCACGCUCCGACCAAAGCGCCGAGUAUCUGGUUGCUGCUGGAGCUGAGGUGCAGCGAGGCUCCCUGGAUGACUUGGAGAGUCUCAAGCAAGGUGCCGCUGCAUCUGAUGGUGUUAUACACCUUGCCUUCAUCCACGACUUUUCCGACUAUGCAGGCAGUUGCUCCAAGGACAGAACCGCCAUCGAGGCAAUUGGAGAUGUAUUAACAGGAACCAGCCGUCCAUUUGUUAUAACAUCCGGCACACUUCUACUCCCACAAGGUCAACUCUGCACAGAAGAUACUCCUCCGGACCUGAAGGGACCUGGUGCGGUUCGUGGUGCUACUGAACAAGUAGCACUGUCAUUUGUCUCGAAAGGUGUGCGAGUGUCAAUCAUACGGCUACCACCAACAAAUCACGGCAAAGGUGACCAUGGAUUCAUUGCAGAGCUUGCGAGGGUAGCGAAGUCCACAGGCGUAUCAGCAUAUCUUGGAAAUGGGCUCAAUCGGUGGCCCACAACCCAUCGCCUAGACACAGCCAAGACAUAUCUGCUGGCAUUGGAGAAGGCUGCUGCUGGUUCUGUGUUUCACGCCGUUGCUGAGGAAGGUAUCCCAAUCAAGGAGAUUGCGGAAGCCCUUGGCAAACAGCUGAGCAUUCCAUCGGUUAGCAAAACUGCCGAGCACUUUGGAUGGUUGGCAAUUGCAAUUGGGGGUGAUAAUCCAACUACAAGUGCCAAGACUAGAGAGCAGUUGGGAUGGAGUCCUGUGCAUGCAUCGCUCAUCUCAGAAAUAGAAGCCGGGAUCUAUACGAGUGGGUGA